AGCCACUGCUGUUCCGGGUUGGCGGCACUCCUGGAACAUGGAGCUGUCGAGAGCUACUCCUUUAAGGGUGCUGGUGGACAUGGACGGUGUGCUGGCCGACUUCGAGGGCGGCCUCCUGCGAGGCUUUCGGCUCCGCUUCCCCCAGGAACCCUACGUGAGCCUGGAAGAGCGGAGAGGCUUCUCGGUCCGGGAGCAGUACGGAGCCCUGCGGCCCGACCUCGCGGACAAAGUGGCAAGUGUGUAUGAAGCGCCAGGGUUUUUCCUAGAUCUGGAGCCCAUCCCUGGAGCCUUGCAAGCCAUGCAGGAAAUGAAAUGCAUGAAGGAUACUGAAGUCUUCAUUUGCACAAGCCCACUGCAGAAGUACCGUUACUGCAUUAGUGAGAAGUACCACUGGGUGGACAAGUACCUAGGUCCUGAGUUUGUGGAACGAAUAAUCAUGACCCGGGAUAAGACGGUAGUGGCGGCGGACCUGCUCAUUGAUGACAAGGAUACUAUUAAAGGCCAAGAGGAAAACCCAAGCUGGGAGCAUAUCUUGUUUACCUGUUGCCACAACCAACACCUGAACCUAUCCCCCUCCAAAAGAAGGCUUCAUUCCUGGAGUGACAACUGGAGAGCCAUCUUAGACAGUAAGCGGAAAGUAAGACCAGAACAAGACUGAAAAGGCAUCUUCAGUAGGAACAAAUGGAGCUCUGUAAGCCACAUCAGCCCAUAUAGGCAAGAGUGACUUCAAACAGGAGAGCCGAUUGGAGGAGAAAGAAGCUGAAAUCAGCCAGGAAACAGAUUUGUAAGGGUAACCUCCCCAGCACAGAUCGAACUAUCAAACCUCCAGAAAUAACUGUACUGGUAUCACAGUAACCAUAUGGGUCACACAUUGUUAAUAAAAUAUUUUGACUCUGA